AUGUCUACUACCUCCGCGGCAAAAUCAAGUGCUGCAAAGUUGAAAGCUUCACUUCCAAGCUUUCUUGGAGGGCUCGAACACGAAAUCUCUAAUUCGAACCCUUUUCUUUUUUCCUCACCUCAAAAUCAAUAUCCUCUUAUUUCCAUUUUGAGAGGAAAUCAUCAAAACCUAAGUUUUAAUGCUGACACCUGCCACUUCCCAAAUUCUGUUGCGGUUAAGGAAGAGGGAAAAUCAAUUGGUGUGAAUUCAUAUAAUCAGCUUCCUAAUUCUCUCGGUUUUUGCAGUAAUUUGUGGAAAAAUAACCAGCAAAAUGGUUCUAUAAUUGGCGAAAUUCAAAGCUCAGGACUUCAAGAGCUAUAUCAAAGACUCAAAGCGUCAACGAGUCGGUGCUAUCCUGAUCACGCGCCGUCACUUUUUGGAAAUACGGCAUCAUCGUCGUCAAUGAUUUUGGAGUCAGCUCCGGUGGGUGCUGGAGGAGAAUUGGGUUUCUGGAACCCUAGCAUUUCCACAUGGUCGGAUCUGCAGACAGCAAAUGGUGCAUAUUUUUAA